AUGUCUCUCAAAUAUUCAGACCUCUAUGAAGAAUUAGAGACCAUUGGUAGUGGGAGUUAUGGUACCUCGAUUUUCCAUUCUAUAUAGGAUCUGCAUAUUUGGUUAAGAAUAAGAAGACUGGCCAAUUGUCUGUGGCUAAAAAGGUUCAUUUGGGCAAACUCUCAGAAAAAGAGAAAAUAAGUGCUCUGAGAGAAGCAGAACUAUUAAAAAGUCUAGAUCAUCCCAACAUUGUCCAAUAUAUGGGCAGUUUCGCAGAUAGUAGUUAAUUAAUUAUAUUGAUGGAAUAUUGCGAGGGUAAAUUCAUUAUCUUAUAAACGCCUUUAGAAGGAGACUUACAAUAUCACAUCAAAAAAAGAAAGUAAGGUAAAUAAAUCCAAUACUUUCCUGAGAAAAUGAUCUUGAAUUGGUUCAUCCAAUAAUUAUUUGCUCUCUAAUUCAUCCAUUCAAAAAAGAUAUUACAUAGAGACAUUAAAACAAGCAAUAUAUUUCUGACUUCAAAUGGAACGGGUAUCAAAUUUCAACCUUAUUCCUAGUUAAACUUGGAGAUUUUGGAGUUUCCAAAGUCUUAGAAAGUACGUUCGAUUAGGCAUCAACCGUUGCUGGUACUCCAUAUUAUAUGAGGUAUUUAAGUUUUUCUGAUAAUAGUCCAGAAGUCUGUGAAAAUAAACCCUAUACUUUUAAAUCAGAUGUUUGGGCUCUUGGAUGUGUUUUACACGAAUUAUGCACUUUCAAACAUGCAUUUGAUGCUAAGAACAUACUGAGUUUGGUAACUAAGAUUUUGAAUGGUCAAACUGAAACCCUCCCUUCUCAUUAUUCAAAAGAUCUGCAAUAAUUAAUUCAUAGACUUCUUACUAAGCAAGUUUAAUCGCGUCCCCUUGUUGCCGAGAUUAUUAACAUGCCCUUCAUUUAAUCUGUUAUGCAAGAUUUUAUUAGAAGCGGAGGCAAACAAAACUUCUGCUCUGUUGUUGGAGUCAAAAAAAUCAAAUAGCAUGACAUUCAAGCCCAUAAUCAACAUUAAAUCUAAUAAAACUAGAUAAAUUAAUCGAAAUAGGAUCAAGAAUCUUAUGAACAUUCUAUCAAAGAUGAAAUCAAUAAAGAAAAGGAAGAUGAGAGUAUUAAUUAGACUGUAUUGUCGCAAUCAUUAAAUAAAAGUAAGACUUUAAAAAAUAAAUAGAGCAGAUUGACAAUGCGAGUAGAUAUACAAUUGGUGAUACUAUAAUGAGUUAAGCAUCAUAAUUUUUAGAACCAGAACCUAAACAAAUAUCUCCGAAGUCUAUUCUAAAAUUAAAGAAAGAAUAAGAAACCUAACAGAAAAUUGAAAUGCUAUCUAAAGCGGCUUAAAAUAUUAGUCAGCAGAACUAAAAAUAGGCUGAAUUAAGGAAAAUUUAAAAUCUCUAUGGAACUCAAUCAUAAUUUUAUCAAUAGAAACAGUAAGAAAUAUAGCAAACAACAACCUAAUAACAAUUUUAUUAAAAACAAUAACAAACAGAAUAAACUUUACAAAAAAGCUAAGUUUAAUAAUAAUAAUAAUAGACUUCUAAACAAUAAUAAUAGUAGAUACAGAAUCCUAAUUUUGAUUAGAGUCUAUAAUCCUCUUCAAAAUUUAAACCAAUUGAUGAAGAAGUUAUGAAGAAAAGUUUAUUGAGUUUAAAGCAGAAGUAAGCUUAAAAGAAAGAAUAGUCUUCAAAAAAUUAAACAAUGGAUUAUCAGCCCGACGAAUAUCCCGAGGAUUUUGAGUAUUAUGAUGACUUUGAGGAUUACGAUUCGGAUAAUGAAUUUUAGAAUGAGACAGUUAUCAAUGAAGAAAUAUUGGGUGAUGAAAUGGAUGGUACAAGAUUAACUCAAAGGCAAUCUGAUUAAGAUUUAUAAAAUGUGGUAGAAGUCUAUAAAAAUGAAUUAGCAAAAGCUAAAAGUGGAAACGAAACUCUGGCAGGUAAAUCAAGAAUUCAAUAAAUUAUAUAGAAAUAUAGGAAGAGCCUGAGUCGUCGUAUUCUUCCAGUUUUUAUAAGACUGAUGAGAAAUUUAAGCCAAAAAUUUCAAUGAUUGAAAACCUGAAAAAGAGUAUUUUGCAGUAGAUUCCCUAGGAUUUGUUUAACUUUGCUUACAAUAGAAUUCUGAAGGCUAUUGAGAAUAAGCAGAGUUCUUAAGAAGUACUUCUUAUUAAAAUUAUUCGAUAGAUGUACAAAGACUUAAAAUAGAUUUUGGGCAAAAAGUAUUCGGGAGCUGGAUUUUAAAUAGAAUAAUUGAUAUAUCAGGAGCAAUUAUAUAAACACUUUCAAAACUGA